AUGGAAUCAACCCAAGUCAUCAUUGUUGGCGCUGGCCCUUCUGGGCUGGUAUUGGCCCUCACACUGGCACAAUACCACGUUCGUAUAAACGUCGGCACCGACAACAUACUCGGGCAAGCUGUUCCAGAGGGCCUUUUGCAAAUCCAACCAGUUCUCGAACGAGUGCUACGGGAUGCAGUGGUCCAGUCCCCUUGGUGUUCGCUCAGGACAGGAUGUACUGUGGUUGGGAGGCCAACGGAAGAGCCCCCAUCCGUAGAGUACCGAGACGAUAACUGUCGGACUGGCGUUAUUCGCGGACAGUGGCUUGUCGGCGCCGAUGGCAAGACCGGCAUUGUGAGAAAGUCUUUCCUGGAGCCCUGUGCCGGAAUCAGACAGGAAGAAGGAUGUUACCGUUAUAAUGGAACAUGGGUUGCGGCGAACCUCAAAAUUUCACUGCCUACCCCAGAGACUCAUCCCGAGUUGUCGCUUUGGGAGCUUGGAUAUACACCACAGCAAGUAUAUGACCUGUUCUGGCCUGAGGGAUGGCAUUUUUGCAGCCCACCCGGUAAACCCACUGCAUCUGGAAGAUUCGGUCCGCAUAGCGAGAGGCUUUGGCGUCACGAAUUUCGGCAGGCAUCUGCGCACGAAACCAGAGAUGUUCAACAACUUCUGUGGGAACACCUCUCGCCCAUGAUCACUCGGGAAUGCGACGAGGAUGGACGCAAGUUUCAGUCAUCUGUACAAUUUCCACGAGAUUGUAUAACAGUUCUUCGCUGUGAGCCAUUCCGCUUCACGCACAAAGUCGUGAACAGAUGGUACGAUAAGCGGACAAUUCUCAUUGGUGAUGCCGCGCAUGUGUUUCCUCCCUUCGCAGGUCAAGGCAUAGCCAGCGGCCUGCGAGAUGCUCAUCAACUGGGGUGGCGACUGUUUCUCCUCACAGACCGCGAGACUGGUGGCCCCAAGCUGAUAGCCGGUGUCAAUGCGUUGCUAGACUCUUGGGCGUCGGAGAGGCAAUACAGCGUUCAGGAUGCUGCAUUCUUUUCUAUGCUCAUGGGGCGACUGUGCAACGACAGGCUCUCGGUAUGGGUUUAUCUUCUUCUAAAUCUUUUCAUGCUGCUUGAGCGCAGGAGACUACUGCCUCGAGCAGUCAAUCCCCAAGCUCAUCAGGAGCGCAAAGGUUUCACUAGAGCGUCUGGUGGUUUCUUCAUGAAGGGCAAGAAUGGAGGGAGCCGUCUUGCCCAAAUCCCCCUACGAGGAGACACUAAGAGCUCAGUUCUGCUUUCAGACACGAUUCUACGCGAGUCGCGCAGCACGUUUACGCUUCUUGUCAUUCAAAACGUCUCUGAUGGGGAAGGGCCAUACAAAGAGGCGAUAAACGCCAUCCAAGGUGCAGAGGUCUGGGAAGAUAUUUUGUCUCUACAGUCUAUUCGCGUUUAUUAUGUGGAUGCGGCAAGCUCAGGCCCUUUGCCUCAAAAUGAGGCCACGCGCCACACAUACUCGCCAUGGACGGAAGAGAGCGUAGGGGGGGAGAAUCAUCGCAUAUACCUGGAUCGCAUUGGCUCUUCUACAAAGUUUGUCAUAAUACGCCCUGACUUUUUUCUCUUUGCCGGCGCUCAAGAUAGAUUGGAACUGGACUUAUGUUUGGCAGCCUUGAAGCGACAGCUGAGUUAA